AUGGACGGCACAGAUUGAUAACCGGACGCGGAACAUGGCGUGUAAUUUAGUGGUUGAUUUGGGGGCCGCCUUCAACUUCUUCUUCGUCGGCUGGUUCGCGGGAGAGCUAGGGUUAGGGUUUUGGGGCGUCCUGUUAGCGUUUGUCUCGUGACUCUCCGAACCCAGCUUUUCGUAUUCUUCUUCAUCUCCGGUCCAAAAUGACAACGAUCGUGCCUACUUCAGAGGAAGAUCCUGUACUCGCUGUGGUCCGGUUCACGUCAGAGCUCGCCUGGGCUGAUGCAGGCCCCGAGGUUGCAGAACCUCAGGUGACUCGACUUUGUAUUGAAGCCCAGGAAUGUAUGAUCACGAGUAGAUGGUUGGAUCUGGCAUCUCUAAUGCUUACUUCAGCAGAUUUGAUGGUAUCACGAGUGUCAGAGAAAGACCUGGAAUGCAUUUUCACGGUUAUCUGCAACCUUGUCACAAGAGCAAGUAUUCCUGAUGAAGCACUAGAGAUGGCAAAGCUUAUAUCUGCAAAAGUUAUCCAGCAACCAAAUGAUAAACCUGCUUUUCGCCUGAAGAUUCUGUUCAAUUUGUACAACCUGCUAGAGAAUCCCUACGGCAAGUUCCUUGUCUACAGCAAAGCACUCAAUUUGGCAGCCAGUGAAAAACUUACGGAAAGCAUUGUACCUUCUUUCAAAAAAAUAGAUAAUUUUCUGCAAGAGUGGAAUAUUGGAAAAAUGGAUCAAAGGGAGCUUUUCCUCACCAUCUCUAACAUUUUAAAGGACAAUAAGAGCAUGGCCAAAGAUUCUUUUGCUUUUUUGACCAAGUAUUUAGCGACUUUUUCUGGUGAUGGUGAGGAGUCAUUUACAAUGAAUGAGGCCAAAGAGGAAGCUGUGCAUGCUAUUAUAGAGUUUGUGAAGUCUCCAGUCAUGUUUCAGUGUGCUUUGCUAGACAUGCCUGCUGUUGGGCAGCUGGAAAAAGAUGGAAAGUAUGCAUUGAUUUACCAGCUGUUGAAGAUCUUUCUCACUCAAAGGCUUGAUGCCUACUUAGAUUUUCAUGCUGCUAAUUCUACAUUAUUGAAAAGCUAUGGUCUGGUUCAUGAAGACUGCAUAACAAAAAUGAGGUUGAUGUCGUUGCUAGACCUCAGUUCCAAUGAUUCUGGUGAAAUUCCAUAUUCUGUCAUCAGGGACACACUUCGGAUCACAGAUGAGGAGGUAGAAUAUUGGAUUGUCAAAGCAAUCACCUCCAAACUUCUGGACUGUAAAAUGGAUCAGAUGAAUCAAAUUAUGAUUGUGAGCUGGCGUACUGAGCGAGUGUUUGAGCUGUCACAGUGGCAAACUCUCCAUUCCAAGCUGGGAGCUUGGAGGGGAAAUAUUGCCAAUGCUAUCAGCACAAUUCAAGCGAACAAGGUAUCUGAAGGACUACAGGCAAUGCAAGGAUUAACGAUACGCUGAAGUUUGUCGAUUUUCCACAAAGCAAUGGAGCAAAUAUUGAGCUUUGACAAGAUGCUACAUUUGAUUUAGAUGAUGAAAGGGCAUGCUUGCUUCCAAAGAACAAGCCUUUUGAAUGAAAUGCAAUGAAUUUUGUUAGCUUUAGUGAUUAAAUGUCGAUUGUUAACACUUGAUUUCUGAAGUUUGUAGGGUAGGCCUCCAUGGCAGUGUAGAUUUUGGCUGCGAGAUCAGCAUAACCUAAAAAUCAAGGAAUUGUUUUUUUUUUUUGUUCGACUUUUAAAUUGUGGAUGUUCUUGAUGAUAAUCCCUGUUUGAAUAUUCAAUAUCUUGAUUGCUC